AUGGGUUGUGGGAAAUCUAAACUCGAUGUUGUUCCCGGAAGCACCUUCCUCCAACGCAGGAAAUCCAGUGUCAAGGAAACCAAGGAAACUGAGGCACAAUCCGUGGAGAAAAACAAUGAUGUUAGCGUUGAUAAUGUAACUUUAGAAGUGGACGAGAAGAACAAGGAAAAUGUCAAAGAGAAGGGUGAUGAUGAGUCCAAUAAUGUUUCUAAGAUAACAAAGGUGGAAGAAGAUAAGACAUUGGAGAAGAGCCAGGAAGCUGAAGAGAUCAAGACACCGGAACCUGUUGUUGCUGAAGAACCGAAAGAAGAGUCUGUGAAGGACGAGAAAGAAGAGGAAGUGAAGAAUGUUGCUAUUGCAAAAAAGGAAGAACAACAAAAUGUUGCAGAAAAGGAACAACAACCAACGGAACAAAAGGAAGACGAAAAGGAGAAAGAGGAUGUGAAGGGAGAGGCCUUGGAGAAGGAAGAACAAAGCAAAGACACAAAUGAAGAGACCUUGGUUAAGGAAGAACAAAGCAAAGACACAAAUGAAGAGACCAUGGUUAAGGAAGAAGUUAAAGAAACAAAAGACGAGGAAAAGACUUUGGUCAAUGAGAAAGAGACUGAAGUUGCAAAUAAGAAGAACCACGCGAAGGUUAUCAAGUAG